ACAGAUUUCUGAUGAAAAUAGUGGCAGAAAUCCAUGGUCAAAUUUUUAGAAAAUUUAGAGAUGAUUCUGGAUAUAGUUAAUAGCUGUCAAGUAGAGCACUAAAUCAUUUUGAGGCGUUUGGCGGGGAUUGGGUACCAGCAAGUUAAGAUCGCCAGGUCUCUAAGCCAAAGAUGGCAAACAAUUUUACAGGAAGAGCGCGAAAUUUUUCUUCAUCAUUUUGUGUGGGAAUUCGGAAUCUUUAUAAACUUAACGCUAAAAAGUGGAAGGCUCAGACAAGAGAGACUACAUACCGAUGUAUGACAACGAUAUUAGAUCCAUCACUUGGACUUACAGAUGAUCAAAGGGAAUUUCAAAGAGUUGCCCUUGAGUUUGCGAAGAAUGAACUUGCACCUGAAAUGCAAAAGUGGGAUCAGGAGGAAACAUUUCCGGUGGAUGUGUUAAAGAGACUUGCUGGACUGGGAUUUGGAGCCAUUUAUGCAAAGGAAGAUCAUGGGGGUAGUGGACUGUCCAGAUUAGAAGCAUCUGUAAUAUUUGAGGCUCUUUCCACUGGAUGUGUUAGCACAACAGCCUAUCUCAGCAUCCACAAUAUGGUUGCUUGGAUGAUUGAUGAAUUUGGUUCAGAAGAACUGAGAGAAAAAUUUGUCCCUGAAUUAGCUUCCAUGCAGAAAUUUGGAUCUUAUUGCUUAACAGAACCUGGAAGUGGAAGUGAUGCUGCCUCAUUAUCAACAACUGCCAAAAGAGAUGGAGACCACUACAUUCUGAAUGGGUCAAAGGCAUUCAUCAGUGGUGGAGGGGACACUGAUGUCUACAUAGUCAUGGUCAGAACUGGAGAACAAGGACCUAAAGGCAUUUCAUCUCUCAUUGUUGAGAAAGGAACACCCGGACUGGGUUUUGGCAAAAAGGAGAGGAAAGUUGGAUGGAAUUCUCAGCCAACAAGAGCAGUGAUCUUUGAGGACUGUAGAGUUCCAGUUUCUAAUAGAGUUGGAUAUGAAGGACAGGGAUUUAGUAUAGCCAUGCAGGGAUUGAAUGGUGGUCGUAUUAAUAUUGCAUCAUGCUCACUAGGAGCAGCUCAAGCAUCCAUUGAACAGGCAGCUGAACAUGCUAAAGUGCGGAUACAGUUUGACAGACCACUUGCUGAUAAUCAGAAUAUCCAGUUCAAAUUAGCUGACAUGGCAACCUCCCUAGUGACUUCACGGUUAAUUGUGCGUCAGGCUGCUUGUGCUUUGGAUACCAAGUCACUAGAGGCCUCCACACUGUGUUCCAUGGCAAAAUUAUUUGCUACAGAUCAUUGCUUUCAGAUUUGUAAUGAAGCCCUCCAGAUUCAUGGAGGGUAUGGUUACCUUAAGGAUUAUCCUGUCCAACAGUACAUGAGGGACUGUAGAGUUCAUCAGAUUCUGGAAGGUAGGUCAAAGCGUGCAAGGCAAAAGCUAGUGCAUGUGAGUGCAAUAAAAACAUGAUGGGACGCAAAUCGUCUGCACUGGAAGUACAUAUCAAACUCCCUAGGCGAUUUAAUCCCAUCAAAUAUGUGGUUUUUAUGUCAGCAUUUGCAUAGUUAAUAUCGUUAGCACCCCUUUCGGUUGGAUCUGGACAAUGUUUGUUUUUGGAUCUGGACAAUGUUCGGUUUUUUUUUCCCAGAUUGCUUUGUAGUACAUGUAGUUUUCUUAGUUAUUUUCCCCAAAAAUGGCGCAGAGGAAAGGUUUUUUGACCUUCACUCGCAUCAUCAGUGAUGCAUUAAGCAAGCAUAGUUACUGGUAUGUGCUCACAACAGAAGUUUGUGGAAUUACUCCUCUGCAAUAUUUUAAGCGAUCGCUGAUCGUGACAAGGCAGAACUUCAGUAUUAGCGAGCAAAGCCAGAUUACCUGCUUUCUUCUGCUGUCGCUUUUGUUUUCUCCAUUCUCUAGUUUGUUUUCGUUUCUCCUCGGGAGUAUUUUUUCGCGAUUUUACCUCCCGUUUAUUUGGUAUUUCCAGCUUGGUGGAGGCCUCAAGGUCCGCCGACAUUUUAUUAAUGUAUUCCCAAGCAAGAAGAGUGAAUUAGUUGAACACGUGCUCUUGCAUCCGAUCUCAUAAUUUACAAAAACUUCAUUGUUCUCGCGAAAAAUGAGAGCCGUCUUAUUGAAACUUGAUGGCAAUUAUCUGUCACAUU